AACUUCCCCAAAAUGGCUGACGAACCUGAACCGCCAGUUGCUCAGCAGACAGUGGAGGAACCCCUGGAUCUGAUACGCCUCAGCCUGGAUGAGAGGAUUUAUGUGAAGAUGCGCAGCGACAGAGAGCUCAGGGGCAGACUACAUGCUUAUGACCAGCAUCUGAACAUGAUCAUGGGAGAUGUGGAGGAAACUGUCACCACUGUGGAGAUUGAUGAGGAAACAUAUGAAGAAAUAUACAAGUCGACCAAAAGGAACAUCCCGAUGCUGUUUGUGCGUGGCGACGGCGUCAUACUUGUCUCUCCGCCCAUGAGGACAGGGACAUAACUCCAGCUGAAGGUUUCAUCUCAUCAUAGAUUAACUCCCUUGAUCCACAUUUCAUGUCGUAGUUUUGUAUAAUUAAAAUGUUUAACUGAU